AAGCCCCCCCACCUUUUGAAUUGACCUUUGGGGCCCCAAAACAGCAAAUCGGAAAGCUUGAUCUGAUGACACAACAGAACUGAAAAAUCGUUAAAAAUGUGGAAAUUUUUCCAAGGUAACGACGAAGAAGAGCAGCAGCAAGGUUACUUGCUUGAUGAAACUGAAGGUCUCUGCUCUCUCUCCCCCGUUCAGAGGGUUUAUGCGUUUGCUGCUUGUUCACUCUCUGGACUUGUUUGUAUGUUCCUGUCACUGAUUGUUUUUGCAAGCCCCAUCAAAUUUGCUUUAUUAUUUACCUUUGGCAAUGUGCUGGCUGUUGGAAGCACAGCUUUCCUCAUUGGACAUGGGCAGCAGCUAAGAAUGAUGUUUGAUACUGUACGAGUCUACGCUACAUCGAUUUAUUUAGGGUCUGUGCUCGUGGCUCUUGUUUGUGCUCUUUUGAUCCACAGCAAGAUUCUUACCAUUAUUGCUAUUAUUUGUGAAAUAUGCGCCCUUUUUUGGUACAGCUUAAGUUAUAUUCCGUUUGCUCGUCGGAUGGUUUCUGAUUUGACAGUUCGUCUCUUUGACACUGAAAUCUAGUUGACGACUUCAACGUGUGCCUAUUUUCCUGGGUUUUUUUUUUCUUCCGAAACUGGAAGUCGGUCUUUUCUUUUGUUUGGUUACCGCCCUUUUUUUUAUAACGGCAAAAUCCCGUUUGUUUCUUUCUUCGGGUAAUCCAAGUCUGGUAGUCUCUACAGUUUGUGUGGCUUUGUCAAAUUUUAUUUAUUUAUUUAUUUUGUGAAAAUGUUGAAUGCAGUCGUCGUCUUGACGUUUGUACCUCCGAUAUCGGUGUUCUUCGUGAUUUAUGAUUUACCCUAUAAAUUGAUUUUAAAUUUGUGGGAUCA